CCUGUCUUCCACCGCGCUUCAUCAGAGUUGAGUAGUCGAGUCCACUUCUCUUUAAUGUGUGUACGUGUACAAGUUGCAGAGUAGUAGCUGACGAUAACCCAAGGACUUGUAGUACGAAAAGUCAACUAUUUUGGCCUUCGGGAAGGUCUGGAAAUAGCUUCUCGUGAAGCCAACCGAACAAAGAUGUAAAAUAUUCAACAGGAUUCUUCAUCUGCCUUCAUUGAUAGUAGGAAAAAUCUUUUGAGCAUGUUCACACCUUUUUGUCUGAUGAAUUUCAUUUUCAGUUUUCUGCGGUCACGCCCAUAAAGGGAUUUUUGAAGAUUCAUCAGCGCAGAACUUUCUGCAAAUUUUUCUGGGAGAAGAAGAAAAGGUUCGCAAGAAGGAUCAGAGUUUUGGAAAGGUUGUUGUUAAUAAUUUAUGGGCUCUUGCUUCAGUGCUCGGAUUAAGGCCGAGAGUCCUCUGCAUGCUGGAGCAAACUCAAGAUAUGUCAGCAGUGAUGGAAGAGACUCAAGCAGCAGGCUCUCAUCUGCCUCAGUACCACAGACCCCUCGCAGUGAGAGUGAAAUUUUGGAAUCAUCAAAUCUGAGGAGUUUUGGGUUUAAUGAUCUAAAAACAGCCACUAGGAACUUCCGCCCAGAUAGCGUGUUGGGAGAAGGCGGAUUUGGUUGUGUUUUUAAGGGGUGGGUUGAUCAGCAUAGCUGUAAGGCUGCUAAGCCAGGAACUGGAUUGGUUAUUGCUGUGAAGAGACUGAACCAAGAAGGUCUACAGGGCCACAAGGAAUGGUUGACAGAAAUCAAUUAUCUUGGACAGCUACAUCAUCCUAAUCUUGUGAAAUUGGUUGGAUACUGCUUAGAAGAUGAACAGAGACUUUUGGUUUACGAAUUCAUGCCCAGGGGGAGCUUGGAAAAUCAUCUUUUCAGGAGGAGCUCUUACUUCCAACCACCAUCUUGGAACCUCCGAAUGAAGGUUGCUUAUGGCGCUGCAAAGGGGCUAGCAUAUCUUCACAGCCCAGAAGCCAAAGUUAUAUACCGUGAUUUUAAGUCCUCAAAUAUCUUGCUUGAUUCGAAUUAUAAUGCAAAACUCUCUGAUUUUGGGCUCGCAAAGGAUGGGCCAAUGGAUGGUAAAAGCCAUGUGUCUACACGAGUCAUGGGGACCUAUGGUUAUGCUGCUCCAGAGUACAUGGUCACAGGCCAUCUGACUGCCAAGAGUGACGUGUAUAGUUUUGGGGUGGUUCUCCUUGAAAUGCUGACGGGCCGUAGGGUGAUAGAUAAGAACCGGCCUCCUGGAGAGCACAAUCUUAUCGAAUGGGCCAAGCCUUACCUGGCCAGCAAACGCAGAAUUUUCCAAGUUAUAGAUGCCAGAAUAGAAGGGCAAUAUUCGUUAGGUGGAGCUAUAAAAGCUGCAAACCUUGCAGUCAAAUGCCUUGCAACAGAACCCAAGUACAGGCCAAACAUGGACGAGGUGGUAAAAGCAUUAGAGCAGCUUCAGGACUCGGACAGUGGCAGUGUUAAACAUGAGGUGGUUCGCAAGCAUCAUAAAACAUGUUCAAACGAGGCAUCUAACAGAAAGGCUGCAUCAUGUCCAAGACGAUCCCCUUCCCCCAUGGUUGCUUGAAUGUGGAUUUUGUUUGUAAAAUUUUCAAUUUUACCAACUACUCUAAGCGAGAGAUACGAAGAGCAGACGAUGCAAGGAAGCCAGGCCUCCAUGGAAUCGGCCUUGUGCUGCCCCAUCCCAUCCUCUUGCAUUGUACAGUUCAUAUCUCAAUCUGUCCUGUGACUCUGCAUCAAUCCUAUUCCGGCAAGAUGUUAAAUAGAUUUUGUUGUAUCUAGGCAUGAUUGUAUGACAGCCAAUGGGAAAAUGAUUCCCAUGUUUAUAUCAUAUUUAUAGCCUUGUUAUCCCAUAUGUUGUACGAUGCAUUCUACUUUGAUCUCAUGCAAAUUUUUCAUUUUUGUGGUAGAUUAGCAUAAGAAGUUGGGUGUACAGCCAUCGACAUCAUUAAAGGAUUCAUCUUCCUGACGUUCAGGAUUUUUA